AUGGCCAACAUUCAGAGACUUUUAGACUAUCUUAUGGUGCCCCCUCCAGGCCAGCCUACCAUGGAAACGCACAGAUCACCUAACACGUCAAAUGACAGUUACAAAUGGAGUGAUAUCCGCAGCGUCGGUCAAUGGACUGAAUUCACAUACGCCCAUAUUAUCCAGCGUUACGGGGUGUUGCUUCAGGAAGCUGAAAUUCAGAGCGAACCAAUGCCAGAUUCUCCCCCACAACCCAUACGUACUGAGCCGAUGUUCGCAGUCCGUGUUACUACCUACAUUCAGAGUCGGCUACGUCGUGCGCUGCGAGCUGGCUUCCAGCAUAAUACACCUCAGCUUGCCAACCUUACUCCUAUUACAGUUGAUAUUGGUGAUGCGGCCCAGAUAAUCAACAAUUUCCGACCCGAUAUUGCCUUUUUCCACGCUGGUACCCCUCUCGGCUCCUCUCCAAAUCGCUGCCCAGGGGACCUCAAGGUGUCAUGGAAAUGGGGAUCUAAUUGGCAAACAGCCCAGUCGGUGUUAUAUCGUAAAGAGUAUUUGCAGGUUCUGUCGCAGGUCAAUUAUUAUAUGAAACAGCAUAACACGCAGUACGGAUUUGUCUUAACCAACACUGAACUAGUCCCUAUAAAGAGACUCGACGCACGCGGCAACUUGCUGGUAGCGCAGGCCAUACCAUGGGAAGCAGCAGGACCGGGACGUUUGACAAUUCUUCUAGGACUUUGGUAUAUCGGGAUGUUGGGGGCAGAUAAUAACUGGCAACUGCAGUAG